GAAGAAGAGAAAGAGACACCCAUCAACCUUGAGACCAUCAUGAAGAGAAUCCAAGGCGAUGACUCAUCUCCCUCGCAUGAUAGUUUUGACUCAGAUAGCGACCAAGACCUUGCUAAACCAUCAGCCCUAGCUGGAAACUUUGUAUGAAUUUAUAUAAUUUUAGAAAAAUUCCAAAUCCGAGGCUAAACCUGUAGAAAAGAGCACAACAUUUACAAAAAGUUUGAUGUCUUAUGGAAUCAUACAGAAAAUGCGAGAUAAAGGAAUGCUAAAGCCAAAGAAAACCCCCAGCCCUGCACUUGACAAAGGAAUACUCAAAAGUCUUGAGCCUAAAACACCCUCAAAGUAUAAGAAGGUGAAAUUCGCUAAUAGUCCCAGAAAGAAGCCUAUAAGUUCUCCUAGACUCUCUCCUCAACAAUUAAGCAAAAAGGCAGAUUUAUCUUCUAUGAAGAAGAGAUCGCCUGCGAAGAGUCCUAUGUCUCCAAAGAGCCCUUCUACAGCGAAAAGCAACAGUACAAUCAAGAAUAUUUCAUCUACCUUUCUCGAAGCCUUACAAAAAUAAGGCUGAGGAGGAAGAGGAGGAGCGAUAUAGAUUUAGUAAGAGAGAAGCUAUCAAACUAGCACCUCUUAUCGGCUUAAACGCACCUACAAUAAAGUCAAAACUAACCAAGGACUACAAAUAAAUACGCAUGGUUCCUUAGGAUCGUCCUAGGGUGUAAACUCCCAUAUGGGUUCACCAGAGAAACAGCGCCUGGAAAAGACGUGAUCUACUUCAACGAGAACACUGGCAAAGUAACCAAGGAGCACCCAAAAGCAGGCUUCUUCAAAAAGACUUUCUCAAGAGUUCUUAACUCAGAAAUAGAGACUAAGAAGAAUUAAUAAUUUCUCAAAAAUCGUAGUUGACAAGACUACUAGAGGAAAUAUAGAAAAUAGGAUACAUAAGGAAAAAGAAAAGGCAAAGAUAGUUGAUAAGGUCAAAACUGGUAAAAGGAACAUCGUGUUUGGCAGCAGCCUUUCAAAAUCUAUCUCCCAGAAGAUAACUAAAAAUAUUGAAGAACAAAAUUCGCACAGUCAUGUUAAGAACAAGGCCAUGGAGAGAUACGACAAGCUUACUGAUAUUAUUAAGAGAAAAUUUAAGAAAGCUAACCCUAAAGCAGAAAGUAGACAACAAGCUGUACUUACUGAUAAGUAUUACCAUUUGUUGACCAAGACCUUUGGAGACUCGAUAGGCAUAAUUUUUGAUAAUAAUCGUGUUAAAAGCGAAAUUUUAUCACACUUCCACACUCUCACACCAGAAAUAUUAGAAGAAGUUGAGGAAAAGUAUCAAGUUCAACAGGAUAUAAUCGGAUUAAGACAGAAACAAAAUUUUCUGCCAAAACCCAUCGAAAAAACUACACUAAAAAAGCACCAAAUCCGAAGCCAGAGGUGCAAAAUAAAGCGAGCAGCUGCAGUCAGGACAAGCUCAAGACUUUUCCUUAAGAAAGCAAAAUAUCUUGACAUCAAAUAAAAUACCCAGUGAUGAAGAGCUGGUAGUCAUAAGCCAACAGCUUGAUAUUGGAAUGUCUGCUGACAACCUCAACUUGCUUCUUGAAAUAUUCAACAUUUAUAUGGACUUCCGAGAGAAGCACAAAGUUCCAUGGAGAUACAGAAACUACAAGGACAAAUAAAUACUGGGUUUAUAAAAAUGACCUGAGAGAGACGUAUCCUUACCUUGAAGAAAUGAAGAAAAUAAUCAUACAAAUUUUCGGGAUUAAACCUGAGCCCAAAUAAAGGCAUACUUGCUAAAAGAAGCAGCAGAAAGUCAUUAGAAAUCAGAACUGACUUGUCAGAUGUUACUCUACCAAAGGCUCCUCAGACUUUACGUGGCAAGGAGGAUCUGACACUUUCCCCAGAAGACCUUGGCAAGUCACAUAAAAUUUUGAACAAAAUAAGCACUCCAGCAAACGUCAAGAGCUUACUGAGCAUUAUUGACCAAGAAAGAGAGAAAGUGUCAAAUGCAUUUAUCUCAAACUCAAUGACUAAACGUAGAGGAAGUACAAUAGGAAACAGUACUAGCGUACCACUUAUCCCACAAGAGCAUAAGUAUAGUCUUGAAAACUUUAAAAAGACUAUUGGGUUUAACCUUACUGAUAAGGAAGCCCUUGACCUGCUGUUUUAUUGCCCAUUCAAAUUCCCAGACACUAAGACUUACAAGAAACGGGAUGUAAUCGACAAGAAGUAUCUACGUCUGAGUAGUUUUGCCAGACAAAAGGUAAACCAAAAGUACAGUGUUAAUAAUCUUGCAAAGCAAGUGCCUCCACUUAAUAUCGACAAGAAAUCUCUUAAAAGACUCCAACCCAUCAAGAAUAGCGAUCUCAGAAUUGAGAUUGAGUCUCUUAGUGCAGAGAGUAUCCAAAGCCAAGAAACUGUGAGUGAUGAUACACAACGGAUCUUAGAGAGAAAUCCAGGAAGUACCUCUUCUGAAAGUAGCAUGGCUGAUAAUAAUGAUGAUUCACCUGAGAAACGAAUGGAUCUGAUCGACUUCACUCAAAGGAGCCUCAAUAAACCGGGAAUACAAAUCUUUCCUUCAACCACGUUUCGAGAAAAAGAAGCUCAAAGAAGCAAUUCGAAGAAUACUCUGGUUGAUAGAGAUAUUGGAAGUGACCAAAUCCAAAUUCUGGAUCUUUCAGAUAAAUCCUUAGAUGAACCAAAAGAUGAUUAUAGGCCUUUAGAGAAAAAGAAAGACCAAAAAUUGAAGAUACCUGCCAGAAAGAAGAAAAUUAUCCUCAAGAACAAGGCAGCAACUAAAAGACUUAGUGAAGUUGAAUUACUGCAAUACAAGAACACUGAGAGCCAAGACGCAACCACAAGUGAGGCAGCCCAGACUCUUACCAACAUAAAAUCUGCCAAAUACAUCAUAAAAAAUAGAUCGCGCUUCUACUCAAACGAGUUCAGCAGCGAUGGUCCCAAAACCACAACCAUCGGUAAAAAGCGAAAAAUCCAUGUAAACACAGCUUUGACCAUCAAAGACCCCUACAUAAAAUCCAGGACAAAGCUGACUCUCCAACAAGCCAAACUGAUGUCCUCCCUCAACCAGCACAAACUUAACAAGAAGAAGCUGACUCAUAUGCUCAGUCAUGUUCCUUCUACUCGCAAGAGGAAGACCAUCACUCAACUGCUGAAUCCUACUAAGAUGUUGGCAGCACUGGGCGAGGCCCAGUGCGAGCAAUCUAAAAGGGAUUUAGAAGUGGGACAGAGUGGGACCAUUGAUAUGUCUAAAGAGAUAGUUAAGAUAAUGAAGGAUUAUAAAAGUUCACAAACUAUAAACUCCUCAGCCACUUUCCAAGUUCCUCAGACAUCCUUCCAGCCCAUUUCUCAGCCUACUUACGUUAGUCCCACCUCCAUCUACAAAUCUGCCUUCCGUAGAAAAUUCAUUACAUAAGCC